GCCGAAACACUACAUGAAACUUUAUAGUACAAUUACAUCCAGAGUCGUAAUAAUGAAUAAAAAAUCUUCAAAGUCAACAAUCAACAUUUUAGAUUAAGAAAGUGUAUCAAAACUUAAUCAAUUCGAUUAGCGUAUUGGCUCAAUAUAUAUUCCAUAUGUAAUAAAAUUGGUUAAAGGUCAAGUUUUUGCAAAUAACAUAAAAUAAUUAACUUUAAUCACGAUGACAAUGGGUGAUGAAUUGCCUGUUACUUCUCUAGUUUUGCCAGUUCUAAUACGCCCUGUUUUAACGCAGCUGGAGAAGUAUGAUUUGGGAGCAUCACAAAGUUUGCGUGCAGCUCUCACUAAAGCAGAAGCAGCUGUGCCUGGCCUGAAUUAUGACUUGGUGGCCGGUAUCAUGAGACGAGCUGACAUCCCUGUCAAUAUGAAUGAAAGCCUACUUCGGCUACAAGGCACUCUUACUGAAACUGAGAGUGCUGAUCUGAGAUUGAACAGAACUGAAGAAGCAUUCCAAGAACUGAACAAAAAGUCAGCUGCACUGAAGAAAAUAUUGAGCCGGAUACCAGAUGAGAUUACUGACAGGAAAACAUUCCUUGAGACUAUCAAAGAGAUAGCUUCAGCAAUCAAAAAGUUACUUGAUGCAGUGAAUGAAGUGUCCACAUACACUCCAGGGCCGGGUAAACAAGUGCUGGAGCAGAGAAAGAGAGAGUUUGUGAAGUAUUCUAAGAGAUUUUCUAACACCUUGAAGGAAUAUUUCAAGGAAGGACAAGCGAAUGCGGUGUUUGUCAGUGCCCUCUACUUGAUACACCAAACUAAUCAAAUACUGUACACUGUUAAAAGCAAAUCUGAGUAACUUUUGAUACAUAAUAAUGAGAAUCUCAGCAUAGCCUGAGAAAUUAUUGUUAAAUUUUAAAUGAAAAUUAUGAAUGUUAUUGUUUAAUUUGUUAUUAGUAAAUAUUCAACAUAUUAGGAUAAACCAUCUAAAUAGAAACGCUAUUAGAAACUACUAAGAAAAACAAAAUAAUUAAUUAAAUUUUUAACAAUAUAUUAAAUUGUAUUCAUAUACACACAGCGGUCUAAAAGAUAGUUUUGGGACCAUAUUAUCUUACCUAUGAUUUGCAAUACUGUAAUCUAUGUCGAAAUCAAUAGUUAAUUUUGUUUUUAUCCUAAAACAUUACGGUUUUUUUACUUAAUCAAGUUACUAUUAAGAAGAAUAAUAAUAAUAAAUAUUCUUAAUCCAACACACAUAUUAUCAUCUUUAAAAAUUGUUUAGAAUUGCACAUCUAAGAAGGGUUAUUUAAAAAAAUAUAUAAAUAUUUAUGAUAAACAAAAUUACAUGAUUGUAGAUGUUAUACUAAGGGGCAAUUAUAUUAUGGACAUCAUCUUGGUUUGAGGGUAGCUAUUUUAUUUCUAGUGUCCAAUCUGUUUUGGAUGGUUUAUCUUUACUUGUAUUAAUAGAGACUAUAUCACAGCACGAAUUGACGCGUCAUAUAAAGUAUAAUUUGUUUAAAACGCGUUAUAAUAUUAAGUAAAAAUAAUACAGAUAAUAUUUAUUAUGUUUUUCACAAAAAGAAGUCUUAUUUGAUGAGUUAGAUACACAUAUUAUGCAUUUAGUUUUUAUGACCAAUUAUUUUGAUAUAAAUUUCGUCACUACAUUGUAACAAGUGAAAUAGAUGUUUAAUAUAGUAUAUUUUAGAA